AUGGAUAAUUGGUUAGUCACUAUGAAGCACGGGUAUUCCAAAUAUAAUGCCGUACACGUACCGGGUACUUACUGGGUGCAGGUACGCGUAUCAGUAAAAUUUCAUAAAAACAAAAAAAAAGGUAUAUACACGAAUGACCUAGGUUUUGCCCUAAUCUCUUCACUUCAGCAACACAGCAGCGAAGAGGCGACCCAUCCAUUCCCUUCGAAGGCCUCCGGCGACGGCGACGCAAGGAGAGUUCCGAUCAGCAAGCGACUGGUUUUGUCCCUUCUUGCAUCUCUUCGUCUUCCCUACGUUUUGGUAAGGAGAGAUGGGAGAAAGGAAGGUGUUGAACAAGUACUACCCAUCGGACUUCGAUCCGGCCCAGAUUCCGAGGCGGAGGCAGCCGAAGAACCAGCAGAUGAAGGUGCGGAUGAUGCUUCCCAUGAGCAUUCGCUGCGGCACCUGCAGCAAUUACAUCUACAAAGGUACCAAGUACAACUCCCGCAAGGAAGAAGUCAGACAUACUUGGGGAUCCGAAUAUUCAGGUUUUAUUUCAAAUGCACUAAGUGCUCUGCUGAGUUAACAAUAAAGACCGACCCGCAAAAUUCAGACUACGUUGUUGAGUCGGGGGCAUCACGGAAUUUCGAACCUUGGCGUGCAAAGGAUGAGGAAGCAGAUACGGAAAAUCAAAAAAGGGAAACUGAAGAGAUGGGAGAUGCAAUGAAAUCCUUGGAGAAUAGAACGUUGGAUUCAAAAAGAGAGAUGGACAUCCUUGCUGCCCUGGAUGAAGUGAAGUCCAUGAGGUCAAGACGAGCAACUAUCAAGGUAGAUGCAAUGCUGGAGAUCUUGCAACGCUCAGCUAAGGAAAAGGCACCAAGAGAGGUCGUUCGCAGGAUCGAUGAUGAUAUUCUUGAUGAUGAUGAAGAUUUAUUUCAGAUUUCAACUGACAACGCUAAAACAUCAAACAAUAAUUCAAAAAGGAGAAAGGUUUCUGAAGAACUGCCCACUAAUAGGUUUCUGAAGAACUUCCCGCUAAGCCAACAGAUUAUCUGACGAAGUACAAUUAUGCAUAGCUUGUUUCAUGCUAGAAAGUGAGCCCGCUUACAUAAUGAAGAACCAAACAGCACUCUAGUUUUGUAUUAGGAAUAAUUUUCCCCCUCUUAUAUUCUUCAAUGCAAGAACAUCGAGCAUGUUUUUUUUGGUAAUUCAUAUCUGGUGUUGGAACUUUAAUGUGAGUGCCCGCUGCUGGAUUAAGUUCAAGAAACAAAAAUGUUCACUUCUCGAUGCUCAUUUCCUGUCAAAUUAAUGAAUAGAUAUGACUAGGUCAAUUUUGCAAGUAA